AUGAAUUCAUCAAAGACAGAUAGGGUUGCUGUUAGUAGGCAUGGUCAAGUUAAUGCGCCUCAACGGUGCUUAUUAACAGAACGUGCGAGUGUUAUAUCGCUUGCUGACGAUCGGUCUUGCCAAAAGCAGUUUCCAGCUUAUGCUAAAAUAUUAACCAAGCAAAAGAAAUCCAGGGGCCUAGAGCAGCUUCGUAAAAAGAGAAUUCGAAGAAACCUUAAUAAGCGUGCUAAACUGAGGAAUAUGACUCGAAAGGAAAGAAAUGAAAUAUAUUCCAAACAGUGCAAUGAUCUUCGAGAUCAGUUGCGGGCAACACAAGAAGAACACAAAAAGGAAACAAGGUUAUCCGCAUUUUGCUGGCGUCGAUGGAAAGAAGAAAGACAAACGAGUCUUAGACUAUACAGAGCACCAAGGAAGAUAAAUCGCAUGAACUUGCAUAGGAGUGACGAAUUAUCGCCAGCGGACAUUCUUGGUAAAGGUGCAUUUGGAACCUGUGAGAAGAUGGAUUACAGAGGGAUUGCUGUGGCGGUUAAAACUUAUGAAGGCCGUGUCAAGGCCAGUGCCAUUUCUACUGAAGCCAGCAUCUUGGCACUGUUUGACCACAAAGGUUUGCCUUUGUUGUUUGGUGUUUGUUUACAAGAGAAGCCAUUCUUGCUGAUUACCCAGUUCCAUGGUAUUGAUGGGAAGUGUGUGACAAUGUCCAAAGCUGCUAAAACAGCUUGUGUCCAGACAUCACAAGAGUGGACAAGAAUUUUUAAAGAAUUGGGUGAAGCAUUGUCAUAUGUCCAUGGAAAACACAUUCUACAUAAUGACAUAAAAGGUGACAACGUUUUAUUAACUCGUCUAACUCACGACUCCCAAUUACAUCCCAUUUUAAUAGAUUUUGGUAAAGCUCGUAAGACCAAUAAUGCAAAGAAGUAUUCCCUUACGCUUCAAGAACAAAAAAAGUACCACAAAAAUCAUUGCCACAUUGCUCCGGAACUCAUACGUGGCACACACGCACAGUCAUUUGCUUCUGAUGUUUACUCACUAGGAAUUCUUAUGUCAAGUGUUUGUAAAUCAAUAUGUGUUAAGGCUGACAUGAUUUACUCUGUUGCAUUACAAUGCACUCAUUUUAACUCCAAGGAGAGACCAACAUUGCCAAAUAUUAUAAAUAAAUUUGAGACUGUGAAAUGA